AUGACCUCUCCAGACCCUUCACAUCAGCCACAUGUGCUGACAGUGAACCUGCUCUCAUCCGUGAUCACCACAGAACGAGCUUCAUCAAAGACAGCAGUCAUCAGCUACGACUAUCUCACAGCUUUCAGACACGUGGAAAAUGGCACAGACGAAUACUGGGACCUGAAGUCAAAGGUGCACAGGCGAUCGGCAGAGCGUCUUCGAGACUUGUGCUGUGCCAACCGGGGCACUUUUAUCAAAGUGGGCCAGCACCUCGGUGCUCUGGACUACCUGCUGCCCGAGGAGUACACAUCUACGCUAAAGGUGCUCCACAGCCGAGCUCCUGAGAGCAGCAUGGAGGAGAUCCAGCAGGUUAUCAGAGAAGACCUUGGCAAGGAAUUGUCAGAAUUAUUUCUGUCCUUUGAAGAGAAGCCUCAGGGUGCAGCUUCCUUAGCACAGGUCCACAAGGCAGUGCUACAUGAUGGAAAGACGGUGGCAGUCAAGAUCCAACACCCCAAAGUCCAGAAGCAAAGCGCCAACGACAUCCUAGUAAUGGAAGUGUUGUUGAAGGCGGUUCAUUGGCUCUUCCCGGACUUUGCCUUAAUGUGGUUGGUGGAGGAGGCCAAGAAAAACAUGCCUCUGGAGCUGGACUUCCUUAACGAGGGACGCAAUGCUGAGAAGGUGGCCGACAUGUUGGCCCACUUUACCUUUCUUAAGAUUCCCAUGAUCCACUGGAAUCUCUCCACCAAGAGAAUCCUGACCAUGGAGUUUGCAGACGGGGGCCAAGUCAAUGACAGGGAUUACAUGCAGACACAUGGCAUCAACGUCAAUGAGGUACUGCCUGCACUNNNNAAGAUGUACAGCGAAAUGAUCUUUGUCCACGGCUUUGUUCACUGUGACCCCCACCCAGGCAAUGUGCUGGUCCGAAAGUGUCCGCAGACCAAAAAGAACGAGAUUGUUCUGCUCGAUCACGGCCUGUAUCAGGUUCUGCAACCAGACUUCAGGUUGAACUACUGUCAGCUGUGGCAGGCUUUGAUUAAGGGCGACAUGUCAGGGGUGGAGCGUUACAGCCGCAGACUGGGCGCUGGGGAUCUGUACCCCCUCUUUGCCUGUGUCCUGACUGCUCGGUCCUGGAAGGCGGUGAAUGCCGGUAUUAGUUCUGUACCUGUCACCCGUUCAGAGGAUAUUGAGAUAAGGACCAAUGCAGGCCUGUACCUGCCCCAGAUCAGCGACUUGUUGAACAGAGUUCCCCGGCAGAUGCUGUUGCUGCUGAAGACCAAUGACCUACUGCGAGGCAUUGAGACCACGCUACAGACCAGGGCCUCAUCCUCAUCUUUCAUCAACAUGUCCCGCUGCUGCAUACGAGCCAUAGCCAGGCACAAGAGGACUAAAGCUCAGAGCAGGAGAAGGCGUGUGCAGAUCACGCUGGCCGAGUCUCUCAGCCUGUGGAAACUCUACAUGUAUGAACUGUUUCUGUGGCUGAAAGGAUCCAUGACCAUUCUGAUGCCAUUACUACACUGAGACAUGUUUGGAUGUCAACCUUGUUUUUAAAUUCAUCUUUUACCUCAAGUGUCCACUCAUUAGUGUUCAGAUAAUGAUUGUAACAUCGUUAUCUGUCAUUUACUCAGUAUGCUGUACAUUGCAUUUUCAGCAGGUCACUAUUGUUGGGAAUUUUAUGACGUGAAAAAACAUUCUGUAGGUUCUGUAGUGCAGAGACGGAUCCUAAAACAUGAGAGACAUCUGCAAACCUGAACUUCUAAUUUUAGCUUAAAAAUGAAAUAUCGCAGUUUAUAUUCGGUAGGGAAUAACACAUACAAAAUACAAAUGGAUUAGUUAUUAGUUAGUAUUAAUUAGUUGUUAAAGGUGCAUUAUCUAAAAUUGAUGGUCAGUAGAGCAGGAAACACAGUAACUCUUACCAACACCUGAUAAAACUCACCUGCAGAUAUCUACUGAGCAGCUAGCCUAAACGUUUGGCCAACAGCAAAUUUGUGCUGUUGUCAUCUUAUCAUACCAAACAUGACAUCAUCAUGAGGGUGGGUGUGGCUUAGCAGGUAGAGCGGGUUUGUUUGUCAGUGGGAAGGCUGAUGGUUAGAUCCCCUCUGAGAGGCACGUGAGACAGUAUUUGUGACAGAGAACAGAUAAAUGUUGCUGCAUUAACUUUUAUUCCUCUUGUCUUCAUUGCAUACCUCCACCUCUGCAGGCUUUCUUCCACCUGCUCCCCCACUUUCACUACACGUCAUAGCCAGGACGACUCCUGCCUGAGCUCAUCUCUUUACCCGCCCAUCACCAUUGCAACCAACAGCUGAUCCCUGGCGUAGUUCCACCCCCACCUUGAUCCCAUCUGUCACUCCUAUGCACACCUCACCGCUGCCUUGCUGUUCUCAUUUAUGUCCUGCACAGCCCUCACCUGCUGCUCUGCCACUCCUAAUUUCCUCAUAUAAUAUCCCAGUUCCUCUCUUGGAAUGCUGUCAAACAGAAAGAACCCGACAGACAGAAAAAGAAAACGAAGGAAACCAAUCAUGACCCUGGAUCAUGUAUAAAACAUUUACCGUUAGGGUCAUAUGAUCCUCUCAAUGAUAAGAAAAUGGUUUAUAUUUGAAUAUCAAUUUAAUGUAAGUCUGAUAGAGAUCAGUUACAGAUUUCCUACAUACAGUAUGCAGUCGUCUGCAUCUAUCCCUCAGUCACUCGUUCAAUGAAAAUCACCUCACACUGUCCUAAACUCAUUAUUUACAAAUGUUCUUGGCAAGAAUAUCAAAAGUGGACAAAUAAAUGAUGUAAGUGACCAUUCCCCAUUUUUAUCACAAACUGGUACAAUCCCAUUAAAAAAGAAUUAGUCAAAAUCAUAACUGCAGUAAAAUCUUUGUAGAUGAUUUAAAUGAAGCUUGCUGUCUAUAAUAACUCUUCUUAACAGAUA